AUGUCGCUCUCCCUUCCGCGAUGUCGCUCUCUCUUCCGCCUCGCUCUCCCUUCCCCCGUCGCUCUCCCUUCCGCCCGUCGCUGUCCCUUCCGCCCGUCGUACUCCCUUCCGCCCGUCGCUCUCCCUUCCGCCCGUCUCCUUCCUUCCGCCCAUCGUUCCCCCUUCCGCACGUCUGCCUUUUUUCUGCUCGUCACCUUCCCGUCGCCCGCCCUUCUUCUUCCCUGCCGCCAAUCGCCUGACCUUCCUCGUCCCCUCGCAAUCCCCGUCUCCCUCUCUCCACGUCACCCUCGCAAUCCCCGUCUCCCUCUCUCCCCGUCGCCCUCCCUCCCCCUCGCCCUCUCUUCCAACGUGAAUUUUCUCCCCCUCGCUCUCUCUUCCUCCGUGAAUUCUCUCCCCCUCGCCCUCUCUUUCUCCGUCAAUUCUCUCCCCGUCGCCCUCGCGUUCCACUGCCUUCCACUGCUCGGCGCCAUCGCCUUCCCUUUUCCUUCUCAUCUCGCGCACAUGUCACGUAUACCCCUCCCCCGCACUGCCGCCCUCUGUCCCUCUCCCGCCCAUUCUCUGCCCGGCUUCCCACCCUGCUCUCUCCCCGGCAUCUGCCCCUGUCACCCCCAUCCUCUGCCCUGCUUCCCCCCAACCUCUACCCUGCUUCCCCUCACCCUCUACCCUGCUUCCCCCGACCCUCUACCCUUCUUCCCCCCAUUUCCUUCCCUGCUUCCCCCCAUCACCUUCCCUGCUUCCCCCCAUCCCCUUCCCUGCUUCCCCCCAACACCUUCCCUGCUUCCCCCCAUCCCCUUCCCUGCUUCCCCCCAUCACCUUCCCUGCUUCCCCCCAUCCCCUUCCCUGCUUCCCCCCAUCCCCUUCCCUGCUUCCCCCCAUCCCCUUCCCUGCUUCCCCCCAUCCCCUUCCCUGCUUCCCCCCAUCCCCUUCCCUGCUUCCCCCCAACACCUUCCCUGCUUCCCCCCACCCUUUACCCUGCGACCCGCCAUCCCCUUCCCUGCUCCCCCCCAUCCCCUUCCCUGCUUCCCGCCAUCCCCUUCCCUUCUUCCCCCCAUCCCCUUCCCUGCUUCCCCCCAUCCCCUUCCCAGCUUCCCCCCAUCCCCUUCCCGGCUUCCCGCCAUCCCCUUCCCUGCUUCACCCCAUCCCCUUCCCUGCUUCCCCCCAUCCCCUUCCCUGCUUCCCCCCAUCCCCUUCCCUGCUUCCCCCCAUCCCCUUCCCUGCUUCCCCCCAACACCUUCCCUGCUUCCCCCCAUCCCCUUCCCUGCUUCCCCCCAUCCCCUUCCCAGCUUCCCCCCAUCCCCUUCCCGGCUUCCCGCCAUCCCCUUCCCUGCUUCACCCCAUCCCCUUCCCUGCUUCCCCCCAUCCCCUUCCCUGCUUCCCCCCAUCCCCUUCCCUGCUUCCCCCCAUCCCCUUCCCUGCUUCCCCCCAACACCUUCCCUGCUUCCCCCCAUCCCCUUCCCUGCUUCCCCCCAUCACCUUCCCUGCUUCCCCCCAUCCCCUUCCCUGCUUCCCCCCAUCACCUUCCCUGCUUCCCCCCAUCCCCUUCCCUGCUUCCCCCCAUCCCCUUCCCUGCUUCCCCCCAUCCCCUUCCCUGCUUCCCCCCAACACCUUCCCUGCUUCCCCCCACCCUUUACCCUGCGACCCGCCACCCCCUUCCCUGCUCCCCCCCAUCCCCUUCCCUGCUUCCCGCCAUCCCCUUCCCUUCUUCCCCCCAUCCCCUUCCCUGCUUCCCCCCAUCCCCUUCCCAGCUUCCCCCCAUCCCCUUCCCGGCUUCCCGCCAUCCCCUUCCCUGCUUCACCCCAUCCCCUUCCCUGCUUCCCCCCAUCCCCUUCCCUGCUUCCCCCCAUCCCCUUCCCUGCUUCCCCCCAUCCCCUUCCCUGCUUCCCCCCAUCCCCUUCCCUGCUUCCCCCCAUCCCCUUCCCUGCUUCCCCCCAUCACCUUCCCUGCUUCCCCCCAUCACCUUCCCUGCUUCCCCCCAUCCCCUUCCCUGCUUCCCCCCAUCCCCUUCCCUGCUUCCCCCCAUCCCCUUCCCUGCUUCCCCCGAUCCCCUUCCCUGCUUCCCCCCAUCCCCUUCCGUGCUCCCAUCCCCUUCCCUGCUUCCCCCCAUCCCCUUCCCUGCUUCCCCCCAUCACCUUCCCUGCUUCCCCCCAUCACCUUCCCUGCUUCCCCCCAUCCCCUUCCCUGCUUCCCCCCAUCCCCUUCCCUGCUUCCCCCCAUCCCCUUCCCUGCUUCCCCCCAUCCCCUUCCCUGCUUCCCCCCAUCCCCUUCCGUGCUUCCCCCCAUCCCCUUCCCUGCUUCCCCCGAUCCCCUUCCCUGCUUCCCCCCAUCCCCUUCCCUGCAGUCGACGGGGGAGUUCGCGUCGCACAUGCUGAGCUGUCAUUGUGUGAGGGGUCUGUUAAUUCGCCCAUCCCCUUCCACGGCACUCACACGCACCACCUUUCCGCUCGUCAUAUCCUCCCUCAGAUUCCUCCUCACAUUUCUUGCGGAACCCUUCUCUGCAUUUUGCCUGAAUAA